UCCUAAGGUGGCAAAAGUCACCCGUGAUUGAUGAGUUCGCUGGUAUCUACCAAUUUAUCUAGAAAAAGGAGACGGAUGUGGGCGGGAUUUCAACAUGUCCACACGAACGAUCUAACAAAAAUUGAAAAUAAUAGUAAAGAUAUUGUUUCCUUUUCAGUUUUGGCAUUUCUCUUUCUCCAAAUCCGAGUAUAUAAAUUUGACAGGAAUAAACUUGGUGUUUCCAAUCCAACGUGAGUGCAUGUUAAGUAGUUUCAUUUGCUGAAAAAAUCAUGGCUCUCUUAUUGAUCAUAGCUAUAGUAUUGAGCAUAUUGAGCAGUGAAGCAAGUUUUGUUCUCGGGGAUAUUGGAACUGCCGCUUCCUACGGUCCUCCUUACAUACCUACCAAGUGCAAUGGAAAUAGAGAAGAUCAAUUUCCGCCAGGAAAUUUGUUUGUGGCAGUGAGUGAAGGGCUGUGGGACAAUGGAGCGGCUUGCGGGAGGCGCUACAGAUUGAGGUGUUUGAGCGGCAACAGAAGGCCGUGCAAAGGUGGUACCGUUGAUGUCAAGGUAGUUGAUUUCUGCCCCAAAUCACCAUGUCCCUCAACAAUUCUCAUGUCCACUGACUCCUUUGCCGCUAUCUCCCGUUCCUCCGGCGACAAAAUUAACGUUGAAUUUAUCCAGAUAUGACUUUGAUCAUCCACCUAAUUAAGUUCCAUCUGCAGAUGC